AUGGAUCUCUCAAAGCUGGAACCACCAAAGAAAGAUGUCAAAACCCCCGUCAAGAAAGUUGAAAUUCCACCUGUGGGCUCCAGAGUUGUGAACGGGGGAAGCAGUUCAAGACCUUGCAGCCCCGAAAGAGAAAUAUAUGAGAAUGGAUCAAUGCAAAGUCUUGGUUUGAGCAUCUCAGGAGCCAUGAAAGUCACCAUAGGUGGGGGUUCAGGAGCCUUUGGAAGUCGCAAAAGGAGAUUGGAUGAAGAUGGCGAUUCACAAGAUAUUCCCAUGGCACCAAGACAGACUGGUAGCAUGGUGGCACAUCAUGAUGACAUCGUCACCCGCAUGAAAAACAUUAAUCUCAUCGAGUUUGGUCGGUGGCAGAUAAAACCGUGGUAUUUCUCACCAUAUCCACAGGAACUUACCUCACUGCCUAUAUUGUACAUUUGUGAGUACUGCCUGAAGUACCUGAAAAGUGCCAAAUGCUUGGAAAGACAUCUAGCCAAAUGUCUAUACAAGCAUCCUCCGGGAAAUGAAAUCUACAGAAAAGACAAGAUCUCAGUAUUUGAAAUAGAUGGCAGGAAAAAUAAGCAAUAUGCUCAACAUUUGUGUUUACUAGCCAAGCUGUUUCUAGACCAUAAGACCCUCUACUUUGACACAGACCCAUUCCUCUUCUAUUGUAUGUGUGAACAAGAUGCCAGGGGUUAUCAUUUAGUCGGAUUUUUUUCAAAGGUACUGACUUUGAAAAAGAGUCCGCAGAAGGAUUUUAAUGUAGCAUGCAUAUUGACAUUACCUCCAUAUCAGAGGAAAGGUUAUGGAAAACUGCUGAUUGAGUUUAGUUAUGAAUUGUCCAAAGUGGAAGGCAAGACUGGGUCUCCAGAAAAACCACUGUCAGACUUGGGCUUGUUGUCGUAUCGGAGUUACUGGUCUCAAACUAUUUUAGAAAUUUUACUCAAUUUAAAACCGAAUGAGGCAGGAGAGAGGCCCUGUAUCACAAUCAAUGAGAUAUCAGAGUUGACCAGCAUCAAGAAAGAUGAUGUGAUCUCCACAUUGCAGCAUCUGAACCUCAUAAACUACUACAAGGGACAGUACAUCAUCACCCUUUCAGAAGAACAGAUACAUACUCAGGAACGAGCCAUGGCUAAGAGACCCAUCCGGAUAGACCCAAAAUGUCUUCACUGGCAGCCCAAGGACUGGAGCAAGAGAGGGAAGUGGUGA